AUGAGUGGACGAGCAAGAUCAAGAUCCAGAGGAAGAGGAGAUGGUCAAGAGUCUUCUGAUCUGUUUGAACCUGUGGUUGAAAUGGGUCUGGAAAAGACAGAGGGUGAGCGUGGAGAUAGUCCUGGUGUGAAGGGGAAGACUCCACCUACUCUGAAGCCUGCUAAAAUUCCAGAAGCAGGUCCAGAUGCCUGCCCUUGGCUGCACUCCCUGGGACCAGCACCUGCAGCUGCUUCCCGACAUCCCCCAGCCAUGCCCAAGACCUGA